AUGGGGGCAACGGCUUCGGGUAUUUCAGGAAGCAGCGGCCUGUGACACAUGAAAGGCAGGAAGGAAGCCAGCCCAGGCAGUGCCCUCUGUUCUCUUCAUUUUCUGUCUCCUGGCGUCACGCUCCUCUUGGGAUUUCUCAAUCAAAAGAAACAGCAGAGCCUCAGGGGGAAGCCUGCGCCUAGGGUUCGGGGCAGUGUAAACCAGCAGCGCCGGCGGGCAGCAGACUUAGAGGCGGGAAAAUGGAGAAGAGAGGGGCACAGAAGUGGCCGCUGCGGGAGCUGCUGCUGCUGCUGCUGCUGCUCUGCGUCUCAGGGCUCCACGCGGAAGGCAGGGAGGCGGAGCGCAGGUGCCUGGAGGAGGGGCAAGACCUGCAAGUGGAGCAUCAUUACAACAGGCAAUACAGGUACACCAUCAAGGCCUGGCAGCGGGUGGACAGCCUCGGCCACACUGAGACCCUGGUGAAGACAGAGACGAGAAACGAGGACCUGAAUCGGGCCCAGAUGGGGAGGUUCCUGCUGGAGGAUAACCCCACCACUGGCUUCAUCACCAUCACCAUGAUGGGGCUGCAAAAGCAGGACGCGGGGCUGUACCAGUGUGUCCUCCUUGUCGAUCCCCCGGUUCCCCUGCAGGAUUGGACUCUGCUGGUCCUGUGCCCAGAUUCUUUGGAUACCCAUGCCUCUGACGUGAAUCCUACCCCAGACUUGGCCAAGAAGCCCGCUCUUCCUACCACGGAGGUCCUGACCCCGAACUUGGCUGAUGUUUCCACCUUGCCUACUGUAGAGGCUUUGAGCACCACCUACAUCAGGCCCAGAACUGCGACUCGGCCUUCUCCUACAUCGAUUUCUACCAUCUCCUCUCCUGACUCAGGGGUCAACUUCACAGACGUGACAAGUGUCACCAGGGUGCCUUUCAGCAGCAUUGCCAUUCCUGCGGCCUGUGGCCUCCUCAGCAAGAGCCUGGUCUUCACUGUCCUGUUUGCUGUGACCCAGCAGUCAUUCAGACCCUGAACCUUUGACAGCGACCUCAGACCUCCAGCUACAUCCGCCUGGCAGUGGUGCAGAAGAGAGUGCGGGAGGGAAGGCAGGGAUCCCAGGUGAUUUCUGAGGCUCGGGAUCCCCCUUCCUAGCCCAGCCCAUCCCACUCGCCAUGACUGUGUGUGUUUUGCCUCCUCCUUGGGGGAGAUGGUGCCACCCCAGCAUACUCUGGCCCUCCGUUCUACCCACAGGUUGGCAUGAAAUAAAAAGACAGAGGCAAGUACUUCUCACUGUGCCUGUCUGUGGGAGUCCUGAGGUGCAGGAGGAACACCGAGACCUCUGUCCCUUGUCUUCCCUGUGCU